AUGAAACGUAGUACAUGGUUGCAGAUAAUAAAGAAACUGUCUUGGACAGAUAUCUUGCUUCCAUUUACUAUUAUAAUAUCCAUUAUUAUCGGUUUAGUUAUCUCAGAAUAUUGUGAAAAUGCUCGAAAGCCUUUUACACCAUCGCCUCAUCAAAAUUUGGUAGGAGUAUCCAUUCCCUUAGCUGUUGGGAUGGUUAUUAUGAUGUUGCCGCCUUUAUGUAAUGUAGAAUGGGAGGUAUUACCUUCCUAUAUUUGGAGUCCAUAUAUUGGGAAACAGUUGAUCUAUUCUUUGGUGCUAAAUUGGAUAAUAUGUCCAUUUAUCAUGUUCGGAUUAGCAUGGCUCGUCUUAUUUAAGGAACCAGAGUAUCGUGAAGGUAUCAUAAUGAUUGGUAUGGCCAGAUGUAUUGCAAUGGUGAUUACUUGGAAUCAGAUCUCGGGAGGAGAUAUGAUGCUUUGUGUCGUCAUUGUUAUUAUAAAUUCUCUUUUACAAAUGGUACUAUAUGCCCCUUAUCAAAUAUUUUUUUGCUAUGUUAUUACUGGGACGUCCUACAAUCAUAAUGUAAAUGUUUACAGUGAUGUUGCUAAGUCUGUGGGUGUAUUUUUAGGUAUUCCUUUGGGAGCAGGCUUUAUCAUCAGAUUCGCAAGUUUUGCACUAGUAGGCAAAGAAAACUUUAACAAACGAGUCAUGCCCCUUAUCAAACCAUGGGGAUUAAUCGCGUUCCAUUACACAAUUAUUGUGAUAUUUAUUGGAAAUGGCCACAGUUUCCUGCACCACAUCGGGUCGGCAUUCCUUUGCUUUGUUCCUUUAACUCUUUACUUCAUAAUUACAUGGUUCGGCUGCUUUUUCCUAAUGCGAGUGUUAACCAGAAGCAAAAGAGAAAAUCCUUCAUCAGCUACCACGAAUGACAAUGAAACCGAUUGUAAUUGCGAAAAACAAUUACUGCUUGACGGUAAAUAUUACGGUAAAAAAACUUGUAGUGCAGAUUUUCCAAUUACCAUGACUCAAUGUUUUACGGCGGCUUCGAAUAAUUUCGAACUUUCGCUAGCUGUAGCAGUUUCGUUAUAUGGGAACUCUAGUAAACAAGCAAUAGCCGCAACAUUUGGUCCUUUAUUGGAAGUACCAAUCUUACUAAUAUUAGCUAUCUUUUCGAAAUAUUUCGAGCAUGCAUUCAUAUGGAGGAACAGCCAAGUUGUUAUUGAGGAGACUGACAAAGAAAAGGUAUAA